UAUCUAUGCUGUCUGAGUACGUUGUCACCUUCUCGCCCACGUCACACACCUUGAUGUAGGUCAUGUGUUAUAGCACUUGGUGCUGUGAGAGAAGACACGUACAAAUUUCCUACUGAAGAGCUACAACUCAAGAGAACCGCUGUGUGACAGUCACUCUCAGCAUGUCGGCCGUCUAUUUAAAGCUCACAGCCGUCCUUUGUCUCUCAUGCACAGCCCUGAGUGGCACAGUAGGGAGCAGUGGAGUGGUAUGGAGAGAUUUUGGAGAAGCCUUCACCAUCCAGUGCAGAUAUCCUCAACAAGGCCAAAGUUCCCUGAGUCUGGAGCAGGGGCUCAGUGAGAGGAAGUUAGUCUUGUUCAAAUAUAGAAAAUCAGAAAAAAUUAGCACUGCCGAAGAAUUCAGCGGCAGACUUCAGUUGAACGGAGUAUUCCCCAACUUGGACAUUCUCAUCAAGAACCUGACCUCUAACGACACGGGGACAUACUGGUGCAUGUACAAUAAGUUUGACGGAGAGAGCACUCUAAACGUAAAAGUGCAAGGCUCGGGGUCUGUGCUCCUGGUGGUGACAGAUACGAGGUGUGAUGACCAAUCGGACAACAACAAUCUGAUCCUGGUGUCGGUUGUGAUCUGUGUGGCUACCCUGUUGGGCAUCAUCAUAUGCUUCCUCAUAUGGAUCAUCCUCAAGGUACCCAUGUGUUUUAGUCUCUCUGUCUCUCUGUGUGUGUGUGACUCACAAAACCCUGAUGGAAUCUCGGGGGCUGUUUCUGUGUUUCCUGUUAUUCUCAAAAGUACUCGUCUGAAAAAUACUCAUAAUUACAAUUAUGUGUUGAAUUUAUUAUUUCAGUUUGAAACUGAGAUUUAUUGUGUCAUUUCCAGACAAUAUAAUAGUAGCCUCAUGACAGCAACUUAUGUCAGAGCAAAAUGUUCAAUCUGAAUUAUUCAGUUUGUACAUAUGUGUGUGUACAUGCACUGUGUGUGUAUAUGUAUGUGUAUGUAUGUAUGUAUGUAUGUAUAUAUGUGUAUGUAUAGUUGUGGUCUUGAAAUAAAACCUUGAGUUCAAGUGAACCACUAUUGAUAAAGUGUGUCAUACAAUGUUGUGUCACUUAAAACUGUCCCUUUUUAUACAACCCGUCAUGUUGCAAAGAUAAACUAUGAUCCAAGAAAACAGCCCCAGUAAAGAGCAAGUUGCAAAAAAAUACACAGGAUAAUAAUCCUCCUACUUAUUGUGUAAUUGCCCUGCAUCUAACAUGUUGACAUCGAUCUCUGCUGU